AUGACCGUGGAUCAAAAGUAUUGGGAUGAUCUGAAACCUUUCCAGGUGGACGUACCACCUCGUGAGCCUGAGCUCAAUAAGGCUGCCUACCUUCUAAAAGAUGCAAACGCUCGCAAAUUCGAUUUGGAGGCAACUACCAAGAGGUUUGAGCAUUUAUUAUCCCUAAGUGGGCUUUUCAGACACUUUAUCGAGAGUAAAGCAAAGAAGGAUGACCGCUUCAAGAGAGUGCUAGACAUUCUAGACAAUGGUAGUAAAGGGAAAGGUAAUAAAGGAGGUGCACACCAGGACAAGAGAAGACGUAAGACUGAGCGUGAAGAAGAUGCAGAACUACUAAGAGGUGAGGAAGAGGAAGCAACUGGUGUAGACGAUAUUGCAUAUCAAUUCAGUGAUUCUCCAACAUUUAUCAACGGUUCCCUUCGGUCCUAUCAAAUCCAAGGUUUAAACUGGUUGAUUUCGUUGCAUCAAAAUGGCCUGGCGGGCAUUCUGGCGGAUGAGAUGGGUCUAGGUAAGACUUUGCAGACGAUCGCAUUUCUGGGAUAUCUUAGAUAUAUCGAAAAAGUCCCAGGCCCUUUCCUUGUCAUUGCGCCUAAAUCAACCUUAAAUAAUUGGUUAAGAGAGAUUAACAGGUGGACACCAGAAGUGAAUGCACUCAUUUUGCAAGGUACUAAGGAGGAGAGAUCAGAAAUUAUCCGUGACAGGCUCCUGGCCUGCGAUUUCGAUAUCUGCAUUGCAUCCUACGAGAUAAUCAUCAGGGAAAAGUCAUAUUUCAAAAAGUUUGAUUGGCAGUACAUUGUCAUUGAUGAAGCUCAUAGGAUCAAGAAUGAAGAAUCCAUGUUGUCACAGGUGCUAAGAGAAUUCAGCUCUCGUAAUCGUUUGCUCAUCACGGGUACUCCGUUGCAAAAUAAUUUGCAUGAAUUAUGGGCUCUAUUAAACUUUUUACUUCCUGAUAUUUUUGCGGACUCUCAAGAUUUCGACGCCUGGUUCUCUUCAGAAGCCACUGAUGAAGAUCAAGAUAAAAUUGUGAAGCAAUUACAUACUGUUUUACAACCGUUCUUACUUCGUCGUAUUAAGAAUGAUGUAGAGAAGUCCCUUUUGCCUAAGAAGGAGUUGAACGUUUAUGUGGGCAUGUCAAAGAUGCAAAAGAAAUGGUACAAGCAAAUUCUGGAAAAGGACUUGGAUGCUGUCAAUGCUGAAAGUGGCAGUAAAGAAUCCAAAACGAGGCUCUUGAAUAUUGUGAUGCAGUUGAGGAAAUGUUGUAAUCAUCCAUAUCUGUUCGAUGGUGCCGAACCUGGUCCCCCAUACACGACUGAUGAGCACUUGGUAUACAACUCAGCUAAACUCAAUGUCUUGGAUAAGCUGCUCAAAAAUCUCAAAGAGCAAGGAUCUCGUGUGUUAAUUUUCAGUCAAAUGUCUAGAGUUCUCGACAUUAUGGAGGAUUACUGCUAUUUCAGAGAGUACGAGUACUGUAGAAUUGAUGGUUCAACCGCGCACGAGGAUCGUAUCAAGGCCAUCGAUGAGUACAAUAGCCCAGGAUCCAGCAAAUUUAUCUUCUUGUUAACCACUCGUGCUGGUGGACUGGGUAUCAACUUAACCACUGCCGAUGCUGUUGUCCUUUAUGAUUCCGACUGGAACCCACAGGCCGAUUUGCAAGCCAUGGAUAGAGCUCAUCGUAUCGGGCAGAAGAAGCAAGUCAAAGUCUUCAGGUUCGUGACCGACAACUCUGUGGAGGAGAAGAUUUUGGAACGUGCGACUCAAAAGCUAAGGCUGGAUCAACUAGUCAUACAGCAGAAUAGAGUCUCAGCUCAGAAAAAGAAGGAGAACAAGGGAGACUCGAAAGAUGCUUUACUAUCAAUGAUUCAACACGGUGCUGCCGACGUGUUCCAGAGUGUGGCAUCCAGCUCCAGGGGGAGUCCACAGCCCGAUGAAGAAGCUCCAGAGGCAGAGUUUGAUUUGGAUGCUCUGCUAGCGAAGUCACAGGAUAAGACUCAAUCCUUAAAUCAAAAAUAUUCAGCUCUAGGUCUAGAUGAUCUUCAAAAGUUUAAUCAAGAUUCUGCUUAUGAGUGGAACGGUCAAGAUUUUAAGAAGAAGACGCAGAAGGAUAUCAUUAGUCCUCUAUGGAUGAAUCCAACAAAGCGUGAACGUAAGGACACUACUUACUCGGUCGAUGGGUACUACAAGGACGUAUUACAAACUGGUAGAGCUUCAACACCAUCACAUCCUAGGAUGCCCAGACCACAUGCAUUUUAUUCUCAUCAGCUACAGCCUGCUCAGUUGAAAGUAUUGUACGAGAAGGAGCGUAUGUGGGCAGCAAAGAAAGCAGAAUAUGAGCCGAACAUGGAAGAUGUGAAAGCUACUUACGGCGAUAUAUCUGAGGAGGAUGAAAGAAACAAGAAACUAGAAUUGUUGAAGAUCUCAAUAGCCAAUGCUCAACCUUUAACAGAAGAAGAAGAGAAGCUCAAAUCUGAAUGGGAGAAAGAAGGUUUUACCAACUGGAGUAAAACAGAGUUUAGAAAAUUCAUUACGGCGUCUGGAAAAUAUGGCAGAAACUCAGUUCAGGCUAUAGCGAUGGAGCUAGCUCCCGGUAAGACCGUAGAUGAAGUCCGUACUUAUGCAACUGCAUUCUGGGCAAACUUGGAACGGGUUGAGGAUUACGAGAAACAUGUGAAAUUCAUUGAGGGAGAAGAAGAGAGACUCAGACGAGUAAAGAUGCAACAAGAGGCAUUGCGUCGUAAAAUAUCUCAGUAUACCAAUCCAUUAUGUGAUUUGAAACUCAAGCAUCCUCCUUCAACAAACAACAAGAGAACUUUCUCGGAGGAAGAAGAUAGAUUUAUCCUGUUGAUGCUUUUCAAAUACGGCCUUGGCAGAGACGACGUUUAUGAACUAACUCGUGAUGAGAUUAGAGAUUGCCCACUGUUUGAGCUUGAUUUUUAUUUUCAGAGUCGAACCCCCGUGGAACUUGCUAGAAGGGCCAACACAUUACUUCAAUGUCUAGAGAAAGAAUUCAAUGCUGGUUUAACACUCGAUGAGGACCUUCAAAAGCGUUUGAAGGAAGAAGAUGAAAGCGCCAAACAGGCGAAAGAAGAACUAGAAAAGGCCGAUCAACAGGAAGCAAUUGAAAAUGGCAAAGAUGUUAAAGAAGAGCCAGAAAAGACUGACCACCAAGAAGAAUCAAGCAGGAUCCACCAACUGGAUGAAGACGACAGCGGUUCUCCCGAAAAGAGACUCAAAGUAGAGUAA